AUGUGGAAACAAAGCAAUCCAGAGUUACCCGGUCAUCUGCUUUUACAGUACGUGGAUGAUAUACUGAUCGCCACCGAGGACAGAGCAACCUGCAUAAAGGAAGAAGGACAAUUGGAACAUGACUGUUUAACUACUGUUGAACAGGUGUAUUCCAGCCAACAGGACCUGAAGGACACACCAUUGGAGAAUCCUGACUGGGAACUCUACACAGAUGGUAGCAGCUUUGUGGAGAAUGGAAUUCGCUACGCUGGAUAUGCGCAGAAGCUCAUCAAGAAGCUGCAGGCUGAGAAAGCCUUUUGGGAGGAGAUUCAGAGUUUUCAGGAGACAAUGAAAAGCUUUUGGAAGAAGAUCAAGGGCUUUCAGGAAAAAAUCAGAGAUUUCAAGAUGGCCAUCCAAGCCUUCUGGGAGGAGGAAGCUGCCUUUCGUCAGGAAGAAAAGCUCUAGGAGGAAGCAGAAGCUUUCUGGAGGGUAUAUCGUGACUUCUGGAAGGACUAUAAUGCUUUCUGGAAGAAGAAUAAGGAUUUCUGGAAAGAAGAUCAGCUUUUCUGGGAGAAAGACAGAGUCCUUCUGGAUGAGGACAGAGUCCUAUGGGCAGAAGAAGCAGCUCUGUGGGCAGAUGAAACAUCUCUUCUGGAAGAGGAGAGAGCUCUCUGGAAAGAUGAGGAGGUCCUCCAGGAAAACAAAAGAACCCUAAAGGAGUAUGAAAUGUUGAUCUGGGAGGAGGCCUCUGGUCCUGAGAGAGAGGCUAUCUCCAGGGAUGCCACUAUCCACAGGGGAAAAGCAUAA